CGACCCCAUCCUGCUGCCAGGCGUAGAAGCGCCACACGGCGGCGUUGCAAGUCGCGAAGCUGGACGUUGCGGCGUUGCAAAAACUUGGCCUGCCAGGCCAGGCGGGGGUAAGAAGGGUGGAAGGAAAGGAGAGUGGGUAUUUCUCGCGGUUGGAGAAGCUGCUGAAGUUUGGAAAGGGUGCCCCGAGAGAGGACGAGGAGGAGCAGUCGGACUCCGAGAUGGUUACUCAAACACAGCCUGUUGGCAUCGACGUUGACUCCGAAUAUGACAACUAUGUCGAAGACGACGAUAAUGAUGCAGACCGCAUGUCCUUCUAUGCGUCCACCGGGGGCAAUUCUAUAGCGUCCAAGAUCACAUCGUAUCGCUACGAGAACGGGCGGCGGUACCACUCCUACCGCGAGGGGACUUACUACGCACCCAACGAUGAGGCGUACUCGAACUACGAAACCAUUGUACACCAUCUCUGGCUCCUCACGCUGCACGACCAACUCUUCCUCGCGCCCAUCAAGGACCCCGAGCGCGUCCUCGACAUCGGCACCGGCACAGGCCUCUGGGCAAUCGACAUGGCCGACUACUUCCCCAACGCCGAAAUCACCGCCACAGACCUCAGCCCGAUCCACCCGCCCAACCUGCCGCCAAACCUGACGUUCGAAAUCGACGACGCAAACUCCUCCUUCACCUACCCCCCGGACCACUUCGACCUGGUGCACAUCCGCGGGCUGACCGGCUGCAUCAAGUCGUGGCACACGCUGUACCAGCAGUGCUACGCCGCGCUGAAGCCCGGCGGCUGGAUCGAGCACCUCGAGUUCAGCGUCGAGACCAGCGCGUCGCCCACCAGCACCGAGUACGGCGACCAGAUCCUCACCGCCUUUUCGCAGUCCGUGUUGAACGUCGGCGCGCAGAAGACGGGCAUGCCCUUUGACGUCGUCGAUACCAUGCACCAGACGCUCUCGUCGCCGGACCUGGGGUUCGUUGAUGUGCAGGUGCAGACGUUUAUAUGGCCGAUCGGGCCCUGGCCCAAGGACCCGUAUCUGAAGGAUCUGGGGCGGUGGGGCGAGAGGAACUGGUGCGAUGGCAUUGAAGGUUGGGUAAUGGCGCUGUAUACGAGAUUGCUAGGGUGGACGUAUGACGAGGUCAAGUCGUUUGUGCGGGAUUUCCAGGGCGUGAUUAAAGAUCGACGGGGGAGGUUAUGGCAGGAGGUGCGGGUUGUAUAUGCGAGGAAGCCAUACCCGGGCGAGGUCGCCCACAAGGCAGGUGUGAAAGCAGCCGGCGGGGGGCAAUGACAAAUACAAACGACAAUUGACGAAACAAAGAUACCCCAUAAUCGGACUGCUGGCUUUCUAAAGGAUGGUAGGAUAUUCAUGUGCACCACGCAGAACACUGGCAUCAUAUAGUCAUGUUAAUUAUCAUAUUCACGUUGAUGCUCGUGGAAAUACCGUCG